UACACUUGUACAAUCUUUGGAACUUUUUUUGUUGAAAAUACACCCCUUCAUGGAGCAAACUUCCACCUUCUUGGAACAAUUUUCCUAAAUAUUCAAACAUUUCCCAUCUGUUGGAACAACAUCCUCGCGUUGCCGGAACAACCUUACCUUGUACAAAUAACAUCUCUCGUGCCAAAAUUUAUGAAUUCACAAAAAAUUUAAAUUUCUUAAUAAAUUUAUGAUAAGUGUAAAUUUUCAGAUUUUUUGAUAGCUUCGACUUUAUUGUCAGUUUUUCCAGCAUUGAGCAUUCUGGUCUAGGCCGUUAUGGUGACCCUAUUAAUCCGAUGGGUGAUAUUAUGGAAAUGCAGAAAUUGCGAUGUAUAUUAAAGCCACGAGGGAUUUUCUUCCUUGGAGUCCCUGUUGGACAGGACAAUGUUGGUUAUAAUUGUCAUAGAACUUAUGGAAGAAUAAGAUUACCUCUAAUGUUUGCAGGUAUUUUUAAAGUAACGUAUUUUUAA